AGAGUCCCAGAAGCACCGUCCCGCUCCUCAGAGCUAAAAGCAGGCCGCUGCUCCUACACCUUCAUCGUUCCCCAGCAGAAACUGAAGGGGGCGCUGUGCGUGAGCACCGAGUCACCACCGCGCGCCAACCACUCCGAGGUAACGGCUCUGCGGGGGGAGUUGAGCCGUCAGCAGGAACAACUGGAGAAGCUAAGGGGCCAGCUGGAGCAGGAGGGCCUGGUUACGGAGGUACGGGCGCUACGGAAGAGAGCGCAGCACAUGACUCCCGCAUCGCCAGCUCUACGCCAGCUGCUGCACGAGGUCAUUGUAAGAGACCAGGUGGUCGAACAGAGGCGUGUCGAGAACCUACUGCUCAACGCCACCGCACAGCGUAAUCAGACAGAACAGCACUCUAUCUCCACUAGUUACAGGGAGCUGGAGAAGAAGUAUGGAGCCCUCACCUCCAUGAUGAGCAACCAGAGUCAGCUCAUCGCCCGGCUGGAGAAGCUGUGCCAGGCCACCAAGAACACUACCCCACCUCCACAGAUGACCUCUGAACCCSUGAGUAUCCAGUCCAGUGGGCGUCUGAAUGACAGCUCACAGUCCAAGGAGAUGGCRAAUGAUGUUCAGAGAGACCAGGGCGCCCCUCCACUACAGCCACAGGAGGAGAGAGAACCCCUGCAGGGYACAAAGGUGCUCCCKACCACCAUGGCCGACACCCCUACUGACGCCCCCUUCAUAAGCUUCCCUGUCACUAAGACCCCAGGUAAAUCACGGCACCCUCAGAGCUUACAGCUGCCAACGGCGCUUUCAGACCGUCAAUCCGCGAGGAGAAGGAACGGAUCAGUCAUUUUCAGGAACUGGGAGCAGUACAAAGGCUUUGGGAACCUGGAUGGAGAGUACUGGCUGGGUCUGGAGCACCUCUACUGGCUGACCAAGCAGGCCCACUACAAGCUUCGGGUGGCCAUGGAGGACUGGCAGGGCCGCCAGGUGUUUGCAGAGUACGACAGCUUCCGCCUGGAGCCUGAGAGCGACUGGUACCGUCUGAGGCUGGGGGAAUACCAAGGCAACGCCGGAGACUCAAUGUCCUGGCACAAUAACAAAGCCUUUACAACUUUGGACAAGGAUAAGGAUGCUUAUUCAGGGAACUGUGCCCACUUCCAGAAGGGGGGCUGGUGGUACCACAUGUGUGCCCACUCCAACUUAAACGGCGUGUGGUAUCGAGGGGGUCACUACCGCAGCCGCUACCAGGACGGGGUUUACUGGGCAGAGUUCCACGGCGGCUCCUACUCCCUCAAGACGGUCACCAUGAUGAUCAAACCCACCUAACCCUCUCCCCAUUGGUGGCACCGUAAUUGGGGAGGACGGGUUCGUGGUAAUGGCUGGAGUGGAAUAGUUUCAAAUACAUCAAACAUGGUUUCCAUGUGUUUGAUGCCAUUCCAUUCACUCUGUUCCAGCCAUUAUUAUGAGCCGUCCUCGCCUCAGCGGUUAUACACACAUGUCAAUCAGGCAUCAUCAAUUUCCAAUCCCAAUGAUAAUAACAAUCAAUAGCUCUGACCAAUUCCCGAGGUUUGUAAGACAAUGGGUAUAAUAAUAAUUAGUCAAAGACUCAGCUUAUACAAAAGGUUAGUAUAGUUUAUUCAGAGAACAUUCUAAAGUCAAGAAUACAAAACAAUUAAUUUUAUACUGACUUCUCACACCCACACAUUCACACAACCAUACACACAC